AAUUUGACAAAUUCAAUUUGUGCUUCUUAGUUUUUUUCUCAAGUUUUUGAAUAAUUAAUAAAUGGAAUUAUAAUUAUGUCAUUCAAUAAUUUACCAGAUAAUUGUCUUUGGAAGAUCUUUGGAAAUGUUCAUGAGGCCAAAGAUUUGAUUCGAUUGUCUAAAGUUUGUUCGAGGUGGUCCGAUUUAAUUACGCCGAGAUUUAAUCGAGUAAAAUAUCUCUGUUUGAUAAAUGGCCAAAAUGAUUACAUUGAUAAGGACUCAUUGUGUAUAAAUCAUCGUACGGAUUGGAAAGAUUACAAUUUAAUGGAAUCGUUUCCGAAUCUUAAGAUUAUAGAGGUUGCGUCGCCUGAUAAUCGUCCAUUUGGUAAUUUCAACAAAAAUCCAAAAAUAAAAGGAUUGAUUGAUCUUUUUGGUUCUAUUGAAGAAGAUUUUAAAUUGGAAAACAUCGAAAUGUUCGCUUCACCAUGUUCUGAGCUCGAUUAUGAAAAAGUUUUUCGACCUGAUCAGCUGAAACAAGUUUACUGGCACAAUGAUGAUAUAUAUUUUCCUUCAUUUAUUGAUUAUUUUCCAAAUCUAAAGCGACUUCACUUGGAGCUCUAUAAUGACCCCGUUUUUUACAAUGGAUCGAAUUUGUCUUCGUUAAAGAUUCUUGAACUCGGUACAGAUUUGGUUGUCGGUUUUCAUUUCAUGGAUUUUUGUCCGUCUUUGGAAAGCGCUUUCAUUUGGGACUGGGCAGAGGAUAUUUUUGUAAAUGAAUCGAUAAAGAAUUACAAUUUAAGAGAUUUGGUUAUCGAUGGUUCUACAGAUUUUUCUUGGUCAUUACUACAAAGACUACUUUCCAAAUUUCCUAAUUUACAUCAUCUUGGGAUCAGAAAUAUUGAUGAGAUUGAUGAUAGUAAUUUAAAAGAAUUGAUAAAAUUAUUACCAAAGUUGAAGAUAUUGGACUUGAGAAAAUGUUCCAAUGUAACUGAAAAAUCAGCUGAUUUUCUGUCCAAAUAUUGUGUCAAAGAGAAUCGAUCAAUUGUAAUUUAUUACAGUUGCAAAAACGAACCCACCGAAUGGCCUAAACUGAUGGAGACUGACGAACAUUUGCUAUGGAUUUGAUUUCAUGAAACAUUGUUUUUAUAAAGAUUUCAACCAUCUUCCAUAUCUCAUUGAUGAAUAAAAAUCGAAACACAAUGUAAUAACUUUUACGCCUUUGAAACUUGAUUCAAAUUCAAAUUAAUUUUAAAAGUUUAGUUUAUUUUCCACUGAAAAGUGAAAUUGAAACUUCGGCCCAUGUGAUUUGAUUCCCAGUUUCCCAAUUCAAUCGAAAAUUUUAAUCGAAUUGUUAAUAAUCGGAAAGAAUUCUAAUAUUUAUUGGAAUCGUUACAUCUCGGAGAGCAUCAAAUUGAUUUUAAAAUAUAAAAUUGAUAGUAAUGUAACGUUACCGAGCGGACUUAGUUGAAAACAAACACAAUGAUAUAAUUUUAAGGUUAUAUUUAUUGAUGAUGAAUUCGAUAAGUUGAUUGUUACAAUUGAAUGUUGUUUAAACACUGAUAAUUAUGUUGAUACUGUUGAUCCUGAUGAACUGAACUGAUUCUAUUACAUUGGUUCGGUAUUUAUACUUGAUGAUAGGGAGCUAUGAGUGAAUCGGGUGAUAAACGUUGAUUCACCUUUUAUUGGUUAUUAUUGAGAAAAGGAAUAGUCUAAAUAUGGUGUUGACCAUAUUUAGUU